AUGAACUUCCAAUUCACCACAGCAAAGAAUUGCACGACGACUGUAGGGUAAAGUAAAAAUUCGCGUUUAAUACGGUUCCACUGUUGUUAAGGGUUUGUUCGAAAGCUCCGUGCGCUUGCUUCAAUUUUGUGCGAAACGCCAAUUAAAAUUCAACUAAAAAUGUUCGUGUCGACAGUCUCUCGCAUUGCUCCCGUUGCCAGGACCGCGCUCCUCGCCAACUCCAAGCAAUACUUGCGACCAUUGAGCAGCGCCGUCAUCAGCCAGAGCCAAACUUUGGCCGCUCAGAACACAACCCCCGUAGCAUUACUGCCACAGAUCAGGUCAUUCCAGACCUCGCCAGUCACGCGUGACAUUGAUUCGGCUGCCAAAUUCAUUGGUGCUGGUGCUGCAACAGUCGGUGUCGCUGGUUCCGGUGCUGGUAUCGGAACAGUAUUCGGUUCCCUCAUCAUUGGUUAUGCCAGAAACCCAUCGUUGAAACAGCAGCUGUUCUCGUACGCCAUUUUGGGUUUUGCCCUGUCUGAGGCUAUGGGUCUGUUCUGUCUUAUGAUGGCCUUCCUGUUGCUGUUCGCCUUCUAAGCGCCGCUACUCGUCCUUCAAUUUUCCGUGCAAUUGUUUGUCGGUGUGUAUGUUGAUGUGGGCAUUUGGGGUAUUUAUCUAUCCCGAUGGCCAUCUGCAUGCUAGCGACAGUCAGGGGCAACGAGAAAGCAAAGUAAAGAAGAAACAACAACUUCAACAAAUAAGCAACCAACACCAACAACGUUUUUCGAUUAUAAUUGAUAAAUGAUUGAUAGGCAACAACAUCCUGUACUAUCUAAUUAUAAAAUAACAACAACAACAACAUAAUAUAUGUAAUUUUGUUUUU